AUGUCUGCACUCCCCAAGUACGAUACAGAAAUGCUCUACAUAGAGCCAUGGCAAGAUAAGAUAGAAGCACCAUAUUACCGCACAAAUCCCGAUCCCGGUUUUGAGGUUAAAAACUACGACUGGAUCCCGUACAAGGUCAGCGUAGAGGACUGUCGAUCAGCCAAAGAAAGUUUCACCCUAAAUGAUCACGCUUUCGCGUUUGUGGAUGACAGUGAUGGAGGACGACAAGAAUUAUUGCAAGCAAUCCGCGACAUCAACACCGAGAAGAUCGAGAAAGAAUAUUAUCCGGCAGUUGAAGCAUUGGUAAAGCGCAAAACAGGGGCGGAUAAAGUCAUCAUAUUCAACCAUUCGAUCCGUAAACGCGAUCCAAAGGAAGGCUUUUUCGGUAGCCCAGGAAAGCAACAGCCAGGGCGAACGGCACGUCACAAAACGCCAAAAGGUGCCAUCCGCCGAGCGCGUCAAUACGCCGGCGAGGAAGCAGAGGAGCUGCUCAAGGGACGCUUUCGAAUAAUUAACGUCUGGCGACCGAUCAACGGCCCCGUCCAAGACUGGCCCCUCGCAACUAUGGACGGCAAGUCCUUGCGCGAAGAAAACCUGCAUGCUACCGACCUGUGGAAGAACCAGUGGGAAGAACUUGGCUCCACAUACAACAUCAGCCACGGCUCAGGCCAGAAGUGGUAUUACCUCGGUGGUCAACGACCCGACGAAGCGCUACUUAUCAAGAUAUACGACAACUCGCCUGAUGUACCUGCAAAACUUUGCCCGCACUGUGCGUUUGAGCAUCCGGAGACGAAGCCAGAUGCACCCAGGAGAGAGAGCAUUGAGGUAAGGUGUUUGGUUUUUGGUGGACAUUGA